CUUCUCCUUGCGCUGUGGAUCGGUGUGGCAGUGAGCACAGCGGUGGAUCUGCAGAAGAGAAUCAUUGGUGGCACACAGUGUGGACAAGGCGAGCGUCAUUACCAUGUGAAACUGAAUGUCACUAAUGGCACUCAUAGUUUCUUCUGUGGUGGCUCUCUGAUCAGUGACCAAUGGAUUCUGACUGCAGCUCACUGCUAUGAGCGGAAGAUGUAUGCAAUAAAUCAGACAUACAGUUCUGAUAACCCAGCUCAGGAAGGAGAAACUGUAAAGGAAGGUCAGACAGUUCAGAUUGCAGGUCAUGCUGCCACUGCUGGAGGACCGAAUGGCGAACGAAUUGCGGGUGAAUCAGCUACUCUUCAGUGUGCAGAUGUUGAAGUUGUCACAUGUAAAGAUUUAAAUGACUAUUUUCUUGCCACAUUCCCCAAUUUCCACAACAAAAUGGCAUACCAACACUGGUUCUGUGGCCAACGUGCUGGAGUGGAUACAUGUAAAGGAGACUCUGGUGGAGGAGUGGUGUAUGACAACAAGAUUUAUGGUGUCAUUUCUGCUGGAGAUGCUGACUAUGUAUGUAGGAGUGCAUCUGCUUUCAUGGACGUCUGCAAUCAAAACUACUUAAAAUGGAUCAAAGAUACUAUUAAGAAGCCAAGAAAGAAGUGUGGUCUGAACUGUUGGUCAUGA